AUGCUACUGUAUGUUUCUGUAUUUGUUUUGUCCGUAGGGACAGGUACAUUUGGCCGGGUGGUUCUUGUCAGAGACAGGAGAACAAAGCGCUAUUAUGCACUGAAGUCCAUGAAGAUUGCAGAUGUGAUCAGGUUAAAGCAAGAACAACAUGCCCACAAUGAAAAAGAAGUUCUUAUGGAGGUGAACCACCCCUUCCUCGUCCAACUUUUUUGGACCCAUCACGACGAGCGGUGUCUGUACAUGCUGAUGGAGUAUAUGCCUGGGGGAGAGCUUUUCAGCUAUCUACGCAGCAAGGGCAAGUUCAACAAUGCCACUGGACUCUUCUUCUCAGCGGAGAUUGUGUGUGCCAUAGAGUAUAUGCAUGCGAAGGAGAUUGUGUACAGAGACUUGAAGCCUGAGAAUAUACUGCUGGACUGUGAGGGGCACAUCAGGCUCACAGACUUUGGCUUUGCUAAAAAACUUGCGGACAGAACAUGGACUCUGUGUGGUACUCCAGAGUACUUGGCUCCAGAAGUUAUCCAGGGCAAAGGUCAUGGCAUAGCGGUGGACUGGUGGGCCCUUGGGGUGCUCAUCUUCGAGAUGCUUUCUGGGCAUCCUCCCUUUUUUGAUGACAACCCUUUUGGCAUUUAUCAAAAGGUUCUCUCUGGCAAGCUGGAAUGUCCUCGCCAUCUGGAUUUCUAUGUUAAAGACCUCAUCAAGAAGUUACUUAUUGUCGACAAAGCAAAGCGACUGGGGAACCUGCGAAAUGGAGCUGAGGACGUGAAGAGACACCGCUGGUUCAAGCCUGUCGACUGGGAUGCCGUGCCACAAAGAAGACUUAAGCCACCCAUCGUCCCCAAAGUCACCCACGAAGGAGACACGUCCAACUUUGACUCGUACCCCGAGGAGAAGCGGAGGAAGGAGCCUCCCGUGUCUCCGAAGGACCUGGAGACGUUUAAGAACUUCUGAAUUCCUUAAUUCACUCUCUCUCUCUCUCUCACACACACACACACAAUAUUACUCCUGUAGGGUUACUCAAGCUGUAGAGGGAAACAUGGAUAGGAUUGCA